AUGAUUCAGAAGUGCCCUGGCAUUCUAUUCUUAAGUGUUUUACAUCUAAAUCCAAUUCUGAGUGUUUUGUAUCUAAACCCAACUUUGAAUGAGAGAGAGGAUAUCCAAAAGAAGACAUUCACAAAAUGGAUCAAUUCUCAGUUUACCAAGGCAAAACGGCCAACAAUCACUGACUUGUUUGUGGAUCUGAGAGAUGGGGAGCGACUGCUGUCACUUCUGGAGGUUCUUAGCGGACUUAGUCUUAAACCAGAGAAGGGCAGACUUCGUGUACAUCACAUCAAUAACUUGAACAGAGCCUUGGAGAUUCUAGAAAAUAAUUACAAUAUCAAGCUUGUCAACAUCAGCAGUAAUGAUAUUGCCGAUGGGAACCCCAAGCUUACUCUGGGACUCGUGUGGAGCAUCAUUCUUCACUGGCAGGUCAAAGAUGUGAUGAAAAACGUCAUGGAAGAUCUGGGGCAGACAAACCUGGAGAGGACCUUGCUCAACUGGUGCCAGAUGUCAACACAAGGAUAUGAGAGAGUGGAUAUUGUCAAUUUUACAACCAGCUGGAGGGAUGGGCUGGCCUUCAACGCUCUGAUACAUCAUUACAGACCUGACCUGUUCAACUACAGAGACUUGCUGACCAAGGACAGUCACUACAACCUCAACUACGCCUUCCACACUGCCAGUGAAAGGCUGGGGAUUGACAAGCUUCUGGAUGCUGAAGAUAUGAACGUGGAUGUACCAGACAAAAAAUCAGUGAUGACCUACCUAAUGUGCCUAUUUCAAGUACUACCACAUACUAGCAUGCCCGCCAGGAAUGCCAACACAAACGGAGUGUCGGAAAUAGUUUUCUCGCCUGCAUCUGGGGGUAACUUUUCAUCCGAGGUGGAUAUUGGCUUGGUCAACUAUAGAGACAAGGGCCUGAAUGCUUCUGAG